GGUCACGCUAGCAAAAAAGCCAAGCAUAUCGCGUAUCAAUGGUAACAUGGAUAAAAAAUAUCCGAUACUGAUCACUGGAACACUGUUAUUUUAUUGUAAUGUGGUAUUAGGCCAGUAUCAAAAUGCACCCAACUGCCGCGUGCCGAUGGUGCCACCGGCUGUUUCCAUUGAUCCAUCGCAGGCUGCAGGAGUUUGGUACGAAUAUUCCGCAUACACUCCGGGAAUAAUCGAUUACAACUGUAUUAACGUCUUCACCCCACUGGGCGCCCAGAAUGGAAUGUCCGCCCCGUACAAUUGGACCAUUUCGUUCCUCAUGAAGACACCAAAUCCAAUAUGCGUUGGUAUCUGCCUUGUGGCCAAUGUAACUGCCGAUGGGAAGGAAGCGGCUGCUGCUUGGUUUCCUGAUUUUACCGGAAGUGGGGCGUUACCUUCCAGAAGUGAUAUACAGUAUUACAUACUGUAUACGGACUACCACCUGCUGGAAGUAGCCUACCGUUGUUCGCAACCCAGUAACGCACAAUUCUGCGAUGCACCAUACUUCUGGGUGAACGUACGCGUACGUCCGCCGACUCUGGACCAGGCCACACUCAAUUACAUCCAACGCACUGUCGACAAUGUCUUGGCGCCGUUCUGCUUCGCCAACAGCAACAUGACGGUAACCGGCUGGGACAGCACCCUACCCGACUGUCAACCUCCACUGUCGGCGGAUUGUGCGGCGUUGAUGCAGUCUACAAGGCAGAGCUCAUCGUUUGCCGCUACCGGAAAUCGAAUGAUGGACGCUAUGCUGAAGAUGCGCGGUCAGGGAUUUGCACCGGGUGGUAUUGGCUGGCCCCCGGCUUAACCCUGUUUCGCGUUAAGGAUAUGUGCCACAGUGCCAUCGAGUAGCCAGUUGAAAAAUCGCAAUGGUAUAGGCCGUAAAGCGCAAUUUAUUUCAUUAAAAGCUUGUCCUUUUUAAUUUUUUUUCGAUGAAAGCUUGCACAAUCAGUACCAACACAAUAAAGUUAAUCGGCGUAUUACUGGAUAUUGUAAUUUCGCCACACUGAAUUAAAUAUUCGCAUGGCAUUCGGUAGUUGCGCCUGUCACGUAGGGCACGUAAAUGCGCGUUCAUAUACAGGUACCUAAUUUGCCGUGUUUCUGGAGUUUCUUAUUUUUAUGUGCGAGUUCAAGAAAAUGAUUGUGCGUGUACAAACCCAGUGCUCCUUCAAAAUUUUGUUGAUUUUCUAAUACCGUAAUAUGAUGCUGACUUUACUGGGUACAUUUGCCGAACCGGUGCCACAGGUUUUUAGCUAGGUAGAUCUCGUGAGUCAGAAUCGUUCAUUUGCACUUAUUCAGAACAACCUGUUAUCCAUAGAAGUACUGUUACCCUAGAGUAGCAUAUCUUUGUCGCGGUAUAAUGUUAGUAUCAUGGGUGGGCGGAUAUCAAUUUACAAGUUGCCAUUUUAUUUUAUAUUGGUACAAUACAAUUUUCAACCCAUAUGUCGUUAUCAGUCAUCCCAAACCGAUCUUUGCAGUAAUGUUUUUGUGUUCACGUUUUUUAUUUUCUCUCUUGUCAUUACAGUAGUUGCUGAAAUUGUCUGGUUGGGCUUUUAAGUCUUCUGCAUUAAAUAAGACACUGCA